GCUCAGACUAUUAUAUAAACCUCCAAUAGGUGGCUGCCCUUUGAGCUUUCUAUCUUUAUGGGGUGCCUGCACACACUUGAUAGAUUUUUACACCGUUAAUUGCUCUCUUCACAUUUAAAUCGUUUAAAUAGCCAAAGUACCUAGAAGGGAAGGAGAGGAUAGUGUUCCUGUCUUACAGUUCUCCAGUCAAUGUACGUGUCCACCAGCUGGACACUGCUCACUCUGGGGCUGCCACAGCUGAGAUCGUGGGACCUCUCGCAAGAAUCAAGAGAAGAUGUGUUGCAAGGCGCUUCUAAGUUUCCUGAGAAUAUUUGGAACAACGCUUUUUGGAGUCUCACUGCUCACGGCAAUGAUAGUUUCUUACACUGUUGGCUACCAAUUUGUCCAUACGGAUGACUACUAUCUCUCUUUUGGACCAUAUGGUCUCUUCUUAGCUAUACACAUCAUCAUUCAAAACAUAUUUGCCUUCCUGGAACAUCAAAAAAUGAAAAAAUACUUAAAUAUCCCCAUUAACUUGAACCACACUAUUGCUCUUUGCAUCGCGGCCUAUCAAGAAGAUCCAAACUACUUGCGAAAGUGUUUGCAAUCUGUGAAAAGGCUAACCUACCCUGGAAUUAAAGUGGUCAUGGUCAUAGAUGGGAACUCGGAAGAUGACCUUUACAUGAUGGACAUCUUCAGUGAAGUCAUGGGCAGGAACAAUUCAGCCACUUAUAUCUGGAAGAACAACUUCCACGAGAAAGGUCCUGGUGAGACGGUUGAGUCACAUAGAGAAAGCUCCCGACAUGUCACCCAACUGGUCUUGUCCAACAGAAGUGUUUGCAUCAUGCAAAAAUGGGGUGGAAAAAGAGAAGUCAUGUACACGGCCUUCAGAGCUCUGGGACGAAGUGUGGAUUAUGUACAGGUUUGUGAUUCAGACACUGUGCUUGACCCUGCCUCAACAGUGGAGAUGGUGAAAGUUUUAGAAGAAGACCCCAUGGUUGGAGGUGUCGGAGGAGACGUCAAGAUUUUAAACAAGUAUGAUUCCUGGAUCUCCUUCCUCAGCAGUGUGAGAUACUGGAUGGCUUUUAACAUAGAAAGGGCCUGCCAGUCUUAUUUUGGAUGUGUCCAGUGCAUUAGUGGACCUCUGGGGAUGUACAGAAACUCCUUACUGCAAGAAUUUGUGGAAGAAUGGUACCAUCAGAAAUUUCUGGGCAAACAAUGUAGUUUUGGAGAUGACAGGCAUCUAACGAACCGAGUGCUGAGUCUGGGCUAUGCAACAAAAUACACAGCUCGGUCCAAGUGCCUUACUGAGACGCCUAAGGAUUAUCUCAGGUGGUUAAACCAGCAGACCCGCUGGAGCAAGUCCUACUUCCGAGAGUGGCUGUACAAUGCGAUGUGGUUUCAUAAGCAUCACCUGUGGAUGACCUAUGAGGCAGUUAUCACCGGGUUCUUCCCCUUCUUUCUCAUUGUCACAGUAAUCCAAUUCUGCUACAAGGGUAACAUUUGGAACAUCCUCCUCUUAUUGUUAACCAUCAAGUUAGUAGCUCUCAUAAAAUCAUCCUUUGCCAGCUGCCUUAGAGGAAACAUUGUCAUGAUCUUCAUGUCCUUCUACUCCGUGUUGUACAUGUCAAGUUUACUUCCUGCCAAGAUAUUUGCCAUUGCAACAAUAAACAGAGCUGGCUGGGGCACAUCUGGAAGGAAAACCAUUGUUGCUAAUUUCAUGGGACUCAUUCCAGUGUCGAUUUGGCUUACAAUCCUCCUGGGUGGUUUAAUUUUCACCAUUUAUGAGGAAUCAAAAAAGCCAUUCUCAGAACACAAAAUGAAAGUUAUAAGUAUUGGAGUAGCUGUCUAUGUAUGCUAUUGGAUUGUGUUUUUCAUGCUGUAUGUGCUUUUUAUCAAUAAAUGUGGUAGGCGAAAGAAGAAACAACAGUACGACAUGAUGCUUGAUGUAUAAUCUACACCGAGGUUUGCAGCCAUACACAAAACCUUCUCCUAGGAGCUGCACUGACUGCAUAGACAGAAUUGUGGCAUCAAAUGAAGGCAAAAAAGAAGGCAUAGCAUGGCUGCUGGGACUUGAACAAAGAUAUUUCUUUGAGUUAUUUUGAUUCUGCCAAAAUAAACCUCCUCAAGAAGACAUUCAGAUUUAAGUGUUAUUUCUAGAACAAUGGGAAGAUUUCGUUGUUUUUGCACUUUUUCCUUACUGCACAUCUGCUAACAGUGUUUUGCCCUAUAUACCUCACUAGUCAGGCUUUAGGUGGGUUAGCAUGGAAGAAAAGGACUUUGGAAGCUCAAGGAAAAGUUCUUUCAACAUAUACAACCUAAAUUAUGGACUGUAUUAAUGGCUACUUUUUAUUUAAGAAAGUUUUUGUUGUUGCUGUUAUUUAACUCUACCAAAUGAAAUGCCAAAGGAAAUUUCACAGGCCAUGGCCUCUGCAGAAGUUUUAUAUAAUUGAAUUGUUUCCAGAUAUUGUACACCAAUUGUUAAAGUAUUGCAUUGUUUAUAUUUUUCUUCUCUGACAAAAUAUACCUCUUCUUCCUUUUAAAAAACUAAAAUGCGUUAUGACAAAAUUACACUUAAAUAUGUUACCCAGAAUGUGAUGCUUGAUUGACUGGUGUUGCUCAUUAUAGAAAGAAUAAAAUUUUUUUUCACUCUCUACCUUUUCAAAA